AUGGGCCCCAUGCCAGAAAAGGUUCCGCCGAAGAACACGAGUUCAGAGGUCCAACCAUCCCAGAACCCUGGGAUUCCGUACCCUUGCAUUAUCCACCCUAAAUCAGGUCAAAUCCCGAUAUGGACUGCCGAUCGAGGUUCGCCCGGUCCUGUAUUUGCCGCUCUGUUUGGCGCUGCAAUGGAGAUGGGAAAGUCUUCCUCUCAGCUUAUUGUCUUUGCUGUGAAUCUGACUCUGUUCGUAGGAGCGCUUCCCAGACCCUGCACAUGCGCAUCUCAAAAAAUUAGCUCGUACGAUUCCGAUUUCAAAUCGAGCGCUUCUCGACGCUAG